AUGCCUUGUAAUAUGGCCAGACUGUUUGCGCAGCUCCCGCCCGAGUUGCGACUGCACAUAUUCGAGCACGCCGUCUCCCCAGAACGUCCACUCGUCCACAUUUUCAGAGUUCGCGAAGACGUGGAGAAAGACGAGCUCCUCCUCGCGGCCCCCGGUCCGAGCCCGGCGCCGGCAAACUCCAACACAGGCCGCAGCGAGCCGGAGCCGUCGGCGUACUACCACGACGAAGGCAUGUGGGGCGCGUGCCGGGACUCGAGGACGGUGAUCUCGCGACACUACCAGUCGACGAUGAACCGACACAUCAGAAUCGACGCCCUCCACGAGCAAGACCCGGAAGGCGGCGUGUGGACGCCCCGACGCUACAACCGCCUCCUCCUCGGCCCCUUCCGUCAGGAAAACGAAGAUAUGAAUCGCACCCUCACCGCCAUCCCCAAGACGGACCUCAUCUGCUUCCGCAUCGAUCCCGACCAGGACGUCGGCGUCUUUUUUGAUUUGGCAUGGUGGCAGGCCCAGGGCGCGGACCAGAGCCUCCCGUGCGGGCUCCGCGGCGCGCAUAACCUCGCGUUCGAGUACGACGCCGCGUCGUGGUCGUUCGACGCCGGGACCGCGGACGUGGAGGUGAUGAUGAACGAGCCCGGCGCGCGGGGCGCGUUUCUGCAUUUCCUGCACGAGCUGGCGCGGGUUAUGCCCUACGAGGAGGACGGGGAGGGGAGGCCGUUUUUGCCGCGUGUUUUCCUGGUUGAUCGGGAUAUACGCCGGAAGCAGGUUAAUUGGAUGGGUAGCUACGGGGGUGAAUGGGAGUUCCACGGCGUGGGAGGGGAGAGUCCCGGUCGUAGCGAGGCCGUCAUGGAAGAGGGGGGUGCGGGACAGAGGUACAUUGAUAUCACGAUGUAUGGCCGGUGA